AAGUUUUCAGUUCUCACAAAUAAAUAAAAAAAAUUGUUUUCGUGUGGAAACAAAAAAACAAUACAAAAACAAACAUAUGAUGGUGAAGCCGAGUAGCGAAAAGCCAGAGGAGCAUAGGGAUUCCAAGUACUACAAAGGGGUCCGAAAGAGAAAAUGGGGCAAAUGGGUAUCCGAAAUAAGACUACCCAACAGCCGUCAGAGGAUUUGGUUGGGAUCCUACGACACCCCCGAGAAGGCCGCGCGUGCCUUCGACGCCGCAAUGUUCUGCUUACGUGGCCGCAACGCCAAGUUCAAUUUCCCCGACAACCCUCCCGACAUCGCCGGCGGGGAAUCCAUGACGCCGUCACAGAUUCAGGUCGCCGCCGCACAAUUCGCCAACUCUGGGCCCCACGAGGGACAUUCGGGUCGACCCGAACAUUCUCCCAUGCAAUCUCUAUCGCCUUCUGUUUCAGAAGGGACCGUUCUAACGGACAGUGACGUCACCACACUUAACGGUUCGCUAACGGAUUUGUUCACUCCCGUUGGGUCGAGUGGUUACGCAUCCGAUUACGGGAUUUUCCCCGGUGUUGAUGAUUUCAGUGGCGGUUUUUAUGUGCCGGAAAUGCUGAACUUUAAUUAUGGAGAAGAAAACGGGGAAGGGUUCAUAGUUGAUGAGUCUUUCUUGUGGAAUUUUUGAGGGGCAAUCAAAUCCAGUAUUAACCGGCAAAACCGGUCACGGUUGCGGAUAGUUUUAUUGUUUCCGGAACCGUGGCAAUGACCCGGGUUUGGAUUGGUUAUUUUUUAGACGACCAAACCUAUAACCAAGAAACUAUGAUAUCCAUGCAACUGUAGCACCAAAAGUAAUGCAAUUUGUCCAGAUAGUUGUGAUUUCUUUUUUUUAAACAAGAUAUUUGUAAUUUGUAAAGCUCUUAUAACAGAUAUUGUGAAAAAAAUAAUUUCUGAUUCAUUCGAUAAUGAAAAUAUCAGUUUCUCCGUCGCCAAA